AUGAGAUUUCUUAUUAAGAAAUUCACUGUAUGUUGGUCUGUAAUUUGUCUUUGGCUAAGUGUAUCUGUUCUUCUCAUCCAAGAUGUCACUGGAUCAGCUCCAAUGGAGGUGUAUAAUGAGCUAGUUGGUGCUAUUCCAAUCCGUAAGUUAGGACACCACCAUAGUAAACCAGUUCUAAGUGCAGCUGUACAUAGUCCACCAUCACAAGGUGUAGCAAGACAGUAUCCAGUGCCAGUACCAAUAUAUUCCCAAGAACCAGAAAGCCUUGGAGAUUCACAGACUGAAACUACUAUUGAGCAAACAAUUAUUGACACUAGCAAACCAAAAUAUGUGAAACGUGAUAUUAUUAUGACUACAGAACCAUUUUAUACAUGCCCAAACGGGUUCAAUUUUGAAGUUCCUUCAAAUGAUGGCACAUCAACAAAUCCACAACAAAAGUGUUUUAGAAUAGAAGUUACUGAAUUUGUUCUUGGUUGCCCAAAUGGUUGGGCAUUUACUGGAGUUAAAUGCAGCGGAAUUUUGACAUCUGAUGCGCAGCAAGCUUGUGACGAAGGUUUCGAUAUUCUUAUUAGUGAUGAAAAUAUUCAAUGUAUUCAGAAAUUGUCUGCACCAAAAAUGGUUUCAUGUCUUGAAAAUUACUUACUAAUAAAUAAUGAAUGUGCAUUACCAUUACAUUCUCCUCCCGAUUUCAUAUGCCCUGAGGGCUUCAUACCCCUUUCAAAUGGACGAUGUCAAAAAGAUAUUAAAUUCCCAGCAACAUUAGAAUGUCCAACAGGAUAUUCACUAAUCAAUGGUAAAUGUGAACGAAGAAUUGAUACUUCAAUAUUGCAGAUACAGCGAAGUUGUCCAUUAGGCUUUAAUAUUGAUGCAGCAGGGCACUGUAUUAAACAAGUUAGUGUAAAUGCAAAGAUGGUGUGUCCUGAAGGAUUCAAUAAAGUACCUCAAUCUAGUAAUAUUGUUGACUGUGUUAAGUUUACAAUUGUUCCAGCAACUGCAAAAUGUCUCCAUGGAUAUGAGUCUGAUGGAAAACAAUGCAUUAGAAAAUCAAGCAUAAAUCCUGAAAUAACAUGUGAAAACUUGGAUUUCAAAUUAGAUGAACAUGGGGAGUGUAUAAAUCAUACAACAAUUCCUGCAAAAGUGGAGUGCCCAAAGAAAAAAGAUUAUGUAUACAAUCAGAAAACAGGUCUAUGCCAUCUAAGCAGCAAUCACCAUCUUCGUAAUAAACAUGAUAAGACAGUUCCUCCAAUUAUACUAUGCCCUCCAGGUGGUAUACCACAAAAUAAUGAAAAAUGUCUUCUGGUAAAUAAGAUGAAACCAAAAAUUCACUGUAAAGAUAAUGGUUGGAUUUAUGACCUUAACUCUAAAAAGUGUAUAUAUGAAGAGUAUUCAUCAAUACAAUAUGAUUGCCCAUUCAAUUCACAGCCAACUUCCAAUGAAAAAUGUAAAGUAAUGGAAACCGAGAAAUUGGUUAUUGAAUGUCCACCUGAAUUUAUCUAUGACGGACAAAAACUUUGUGUUAAGAAAGUGGAAACUGACCCUCAAAUUAAAUGCCCAGACGGAUUAUCUGUAACUCCCCAAGGAACAUGUCUUAAGAUAGAAAUAAUCAGCCCCAAACUAAUUUGUCCCUCAGGUUUAAAACCAUUGCAAUCAUUAAAUGACCAAAUACCUAUGUGUAUAGGCAAAGAAUUAGUACCAAAGCAAGAAACUUGUCCUAAAAAUUAUGAACUUGUAACAGCUUCAGAUACUGGUCAAAGAAGAUGCAGAACAUAUACAAAGACUGAACCAAUCAUUUCUUGUGCAGACGGAUUUAUUGAAGAUGGAUAUGGAUGUAGUAAAACUCUAUCUACUGUGCCAAGACUUUUGUGCCCUGAAGACUUUGUACUCCAAUAUUCAAGAUGUAUUCAGCAUGUUGAAGAUAUGCCAAAUAAAAUGUGUCCUGCUGGAUUUGAGCUUGAAGAAGAUCAAUGCAAACAAAUUGUUUAUACCAAACCAUUACCAAAUUGCCCUGAUGACUAUAACUAUGACAACAUCGUUAAGAGAUGUUUUAAAGUUGACAUACAAUAUGACUUUUCAUCAGUAGAAACCACAAUAUAUCAACAGAAUUACACCAGCACAAGUGACAAGACUUCCUCAACCCAAUCAUCUUUACCAGAACCUCUUCCAAACUCAGAUGAUCCAUCAAAAUUACCUCCUUCAUCACCUCAAUCACAACCUCCACCUCCUGCACAAGUACCUUUACAAGGGAUGUAUGUAAGAGCACCACCUUCAUAUCCUCAAUCUAAUAUGUUAUAUCCACCACCACCUAUACAACAUCCAAGACAGUAUCCGUCUCCAUCACAGAUAGCAGGAUAUCCAGGACCAAGUACACAAUUCUCUGGUAGAAGUGCUGGUUAUGGAUACCCAUUUCCUGGAUUCCAGCAGUAUGCACCUGCCCCUGGAUAUUCUUCUUCUGGUGGUUAUCCAGUGUACAUGAGAACUCUCAAAGAGGACGAGUUGUAA